AUGGAUUUAAUGGCAUAUGUGCCCCACUUUGCGGAAGCGCCGAGUGUGGAGCGCGCGCCGGUUAUUCAACAUAUCUGCGAGCAACCGCAAGAAGAAGAUGAAAUAAAGAAUAUUAUAAAAGGAAACCGGAUUUGGAAUAAAUUGAAUCGUUGGUUUUUAAAAUUACGUAUUUUAUCUAGGAGACAUCCCUUAACUCGCUGGUGCCUUAAAAGUACAACCGCAGUGAAUUAUGAGAUUUCAAGACACCUAAAAUCACAUCGUUACAUGAUACAUCCUUUUAGUUUAUUCAGGAUUGUUUGGGAAUCGUUAAUGAUUGUAUUUACAUUUGUGGCUCUUUUGGUUACUCCAGUGUCCAUCACGUUUUUCUUUGGCAGACAUACUAACUGGCACGUGAUUAACGACACGAUGAAUAUAGUGUUUCUCUGCGAUAUUGUAAUGUGGUUCUUUACUGGAUACUAUGAUUAUCGAACGAAAGUCACUGUCCUUGACCCUGUGAUAGUAGCGCGGAAAUACUUGCAGAGCUAUUUCUUUAUAGACAUCUUGACUGUAUUACCUAUAGGACUUAUUGAUUAUAUUAUACCUAACUCGAUGUGGUAUUGUACUACAUUAAACAUGAUGAAGAUAUUGAGAGUCCGCAAUAUCAUUGUUUAUUUUAGUAGAGUACGCGAUGUGUAUAGAAUAAGUUUUCAAUUGCAUAAAAUUCUAGAGUCGUGCACGGUCGUGAUAAUAUGCAUUCAUUGGGCUGCUUGUCUACAAUAUUAUGUCCCCAUAUCUGUAGAUACAUUAGGCACUUUAAGCAAUAACUCUUGGAUCAAGUCAUCACAUUUUGUAAUUAAACAAACGAAAGUACAAAAAUAUCUCGUGUGCCUGCAUCGUUCGAUUGUCGCUUGUGCUCGCUCUGCUCACUAUUUGGAUAUGAAAACGCAAGAAGAUAUUAUACUAAACUUGAUCCUAACGAUCAUCGGAUUCCUUGGUAACGUAUUUUUAUUAACGCAAUUCUCUCAACUAAUGACAACGUUCAACAUAACUAUUAAACGUCACCUGAAAAUAAUACAGCAGUUACAGGAGUACAUGCGAUACAAGGAGCUUCCACAUGCCCUACAACGUCGGCUAUUAACUUUCUACCAUUACCGCAACAGAAAGAGCUUCGAAAGGAAUAAGAAAAUAAUAAAUGAAGUUUCGCCAUAUUUACGAGAGGAACUCGUACUGCAUAAUUAUUUGAGACUGAUUAAUAGCGUAGAAUUAUUCAAGCAUCUACCGGAAACUGUAAUCGUACAGUUAACGAGUUCAUUACACUCCGAGAUCUAUAUGACUGGCGAUGAAAUCGUCAAAGCUGGUACCCGCGGUGAAGCUUUGUAUUUCAUUUCAUCUGGUACCGUAGCGGUUUACACUGUCGUGGGAAAAGAAGUUUGUCACUUGGAAGACGGAAGUUAUUUCGGAGAGAUCGCUCUGGUGAUGGACACCGAGCAUAGAAUAGCAACUGUAGUUGCGGUGGAAACUUGUGAAAUCUUUGUACUAUAUCGCCACGACUUUCAGAGAUUCAUAUCACCAUAUCCUGAUCUCUUGAACCGGCUGCAAAAUGUUGCUCUUGAACACUUAAACGAAAGCCUUCUUUUGAACUCGACGCAGGAUUUAGGAAUUUCUACCACGCCGCAAUAUAUUAAUAUAAGUAGCAUAAAAAGCAGAAGAAUGUAGUUACAAGUAAAA